AUGUCGGAAGGACAUGGUGAAGAUCUCCAUGGAUGUGUUUGUGAGGAAGUUUCAGCCAGACAGAUACCAGCUGUGGAAACAAGGCAAAGAUUUAUAUACCAUUGAUCAUACAAAACCGACUCCUGAAUCUACACCUGAAGUAAUGAUGUGGCUACAGAGAAGAAAAAAAAUAAGGAAACAUUCCAAGAGCUUCCAGCACAACAGAUCUCGAUCUAAAAAGCUUAAAACUCCAGGGGGCAAGAGACAGCCUGCUAUGGCAACUGGUGCAGAAAUCAAAGAGACUGAAGCAACUACUGAUGGCUUCAAGGUCAAUGAAAAACCAGAAGAAAAAGUGAGACCGCUAAAUACAGAAGUGCCUUCUGGGGAAGAAGAAAGUAGUAGUAGAAUGCAGCUGGAUCAACAUUUAUUGGAUAAUGUCAAGGUUGCAGGAAUGGAACCAAAAGCUGAUGAGGGCAAGGAAGAUUCCGGUGACUCCCUCGUUACAUUUGAAGAUUCAGGGGCCUGUGUGCCCACUUCUAGUAGCUGUAAGAAAGAAGAGAGCUUGAAAACUCAGUAUAAGUCAGAAUCAUCCAUACCAUUCCUGAAGAGUGCAGAGCAUAAUUCUGAGGCAGAAAGCCCAGCUAAAAAGGUGAAUGUCUCUACAGAGGAUGAUGUCAGCGACCUAGAAAGUGGAAGUAGCCUGGGACAUGAUGAAGUGCCAGUUGUAAAAAAGAAUGAAGAUGAUGACAUGGAAACAUCCAAUUCAGCAGAAGCUGAAGGAAAGAAAGUAUCUAAGAGCUGGCGUCAUCCACUAAAUAAACCCCCAGCUAGAUCUCCAAUGACUUUGGUUAAACAGCAAGCAACUAGUGAUGAAGAACUGCCUGAAACUGCAUUUACUGAAGAGGAAGUUCAAGAGACUGAGACAUGGGCCAGGCCUCUGGUCCACUUGUGGCAGACAAGAACACCUAAUUUCAAUGCUGAAAAAGAAUACAAUGCGUGUUGUGCAAAGAAGAAGCCCCACUGUGCUAUUUGCACUCUUCUCAUGCCGUACUACAAGCCAGACAAUCUUGAGGAAGAAAAUUCUACUUACAAAGAAACAAACAUAGAAGAAACACUGGUGACUGAAAAUGAGAAGUCUAGACCGCUUAUUCCAGAGAUGUGUUUUAUCUAUAGUGAAGAAAACACUGAAAACUAUCCAUCAAAUGCCUUAAUUGAUGAAGAUGGAACAAGUCUUCUUAUUUCGUGUGCAAAGUGUUGUGUACGAGUUCAUGCAAGUUGCUAUGGUGUUCCUUCUCAUGAAAUCCAUAAUGAAUGGUUAUGUUCUCGAUGCAGAACAGAAGCGUGGACAGCUGAAUGUUGUCUCUGCAAUUUGAGAGGUGGUGCAUUAAAGCAAACUACUGACAAGAAGUGGGCUCAUGUAAUGUGUGCAAUUGCUGUUCCAGAAGUCAGAUUUGGUAAUGUCACAGAACGUACACCAAUUGACACUAGCAGAAUACCUUUACAAAGACUAAAAUUGAAAUGUAUUUUCUGCAGACAAAGAGUUAAGAAAACCUCGGGUGCCUGCAUUCAGUGUUCUUAUGGACACUGUCCAGCCUCCUUCCAUGUCAGCUGUGCCCAUGCUGCAGGAGUUAUGAUGCAGCCUGAUGACUGGCCAUUUGUUGUCUUCAUCACUUGUUUCAGGCACAAGAUCAACCAAAAUGUGAGAACCAAAGCAUGUGAGAAGACCAUUACAGUUGGGCAGACAGUCAUUGCGAAACAUAGAAAUACGAGAUACUACAGCUGCAGAGUCAUUGAAGUGACAUCACAGCUUUUCUAUGAGGUCAUGUUUGAUGAUGGCUCUUUUAGUCGGGAUACUUUCCCUGAAGACAUUGUGAGCAGAGAUUGCCUAAAGCUGGGCCCACCUGCAGAGGGAGAGGUUGUUCAAGUGAAGUGGCCUGAUGGAAAGCUGUAUGGUGCAAAGUAUCUCGGAACAAACACAGCUCACAUGUAUCAGGUUGAGUUUGAGGAUGGCUCUCAAAUAGUAAUGAAGAGAGAAGAGAUCUAUACUCUAGAUGAAGAACUUCCUAAAAGAGUAAAAGCACGUUUUUCUACAGCCUCUGACAUGAGAUUUGAAGACACAUUUUAUGGAGCAGAUAUUAUCCUGGGAGAAAAGAAGAGACAGAGAGUCCUGAGUUCCCGUUUUAAGAAUGAGUAUGUAGAUGAUCCAGGAUACCGCACCUUCUUAAAAAGCUCAUUCCAGAAGAAGUGCCAGAAGGGACAAUAAAUAAAGUAAUGAAGAGACGAAGACAGAAAGACAUACACACACUGUGUUAGACUGGUUAUAGCUGACCAAAAGUCAAGCAACAUUAGUUGCAAUUGGUUUUGAGUUAAUUAAACACUUGGUUUUACAGUGAGCCAGUCUAUACAUAAGCCUCGUCAGCUAAAGUACUUGAGUUAUUACUUCUUCAGAUAAUGUAUUAAAGUUUUUGUAAUACUUUUCAUUCUUUACAUUACUUCUUUUAGGAGGGAAAACCAAGCGAGAAUAAAACAGAUUACACAGUGAUAGACUGAAGAAAUUUUUUGCUUGAUAUUAGUGGUGAAACUCUCUUUAAGUAACAGAAGAUUCACAGAAGAAAAGAUGCUUUAAUAAACAGAGACAGUUGCAGUGGCUCAUUUUUUCUGCCGAUAGGGAAGGAUUUUAGGUUUAAUAAUAGCAGUUUUUCUAAAACGUUUUUAAAGCAAAUAUGAAUAUGUAAGGAAUUAAGACAAACAAAAUCUGUACUUUGUACAACAGUCUUCAUUUUUAAGUCACUACUGCUCUCGGUAGGGUUUGAUGUGGACUCAGCUAUUGACUUAAAUAUUUUUGGCUUUUCAGAAAGUUAUCUUCAACACAGUAAAGAUGUUUUGUACAUUUAAAAAGGCAGAUUUCUGCAGUUAUUUUUGAACACGUUUUUUCAUAAGAUCUAUAAAAAUAGUUAUUUGUAAAAUAUAAUUUUCUUUUAUUAUGUGUAUGAAAAAUUAGAGUUUAAAAAUAUAUGCUUAACAGGCUAGUUUUAAACGAAUAUAAGAUGGUCUUCCUUUUAAAAUAAUGUUCUAUCAUUGUAAUAAUAUUUUGAACAAAUAUAUAAAUAAAUAAUUUCCUUUUACUUG